AUGAAGCCCAUAGUCCAAAGAAGACGAUCUACCCCUUCUGCCAUUACUAAAGCUCUUGGCAAGUCCAAGUGCCAUUCCAGGGAAACUACCCUUUCCUCUUCCCAUUCAGAAAAUGGGCUGCCCAGUGGGUUGUUCAGCAGCCCAGGCUCCACUUUCAUCCUGGAUGAGCGAGUACAGCUAACCGUGGGCCUGCAGACCCAGGAAAGACAUUUGAUCUUGUUCAGUGAUGUGCUGGUCAUCGCCAAGUCCAAAUCCUCCUCCAGCCUGAAGCUGAAGAAGCAAGUGCAUCUGAGUGAAGUAUGGACCGGCACCUGCCUCAGCGAAGUGACAGAGAAGAAGAUGGGUCCCGAGAACUCGUUUGUCAUCGGCUGGCCAACCAUCAACUACGUUGUCACCUUCAGCUCAGCUGACGUGAAGGAACGGUGGCUGUCAGCAUUACUCUGGCAUAUCAGUGAGGUAAAACAGAAUGAAUAUCUGAAGAAUCUAACCCUUCAGAUCUGUGUGCUGGAUGCUGACAACUGCUCUUCUACUACCGCUGUCAAUGUGUCCAAUGUGGAAACUGCGGAGAGUGUGAUGAAGAAGACCCUUCUCCAGCUCGGACUUCCUGACAAGACAAGUGAACACCACCUCUGGGUGAUCUCGGGAAAAGAUGACCCUGCUUACCCUCUCAUCGGGCACGAGCAUCCUUUCAGCAUCGCAUUGAACUGUCUCCGGGACUCUGCUGACCAGCAACAAGGAACCAACAAUAACACCCUCCUGGCUGAUGGGACAGAGACUUCCUUCCUCGAUCAGCUCCCAAAGGAAAAACAGUGUCAGUUUGUCCUGAAACCCAGGCUCCAAGCUCCAGUGCAGCUGAGGAGAGAGUCACUGCAGAAACACACCAAGCGGAAGAAGUCCUUGAUUGACUGGGCCCUGCGCCGCAGCACCAGCACCCCCACGGGCAGCCCUCCCUCCCAGUCUCCCACCACCCCGCGGAAGCUCUUCGGCCUGUCUCUGUCCUCUGUCUGUCCUGACGGGAUCCUUCCCAAGCCAAUCAUGGACAUGCUGCUCCUGCUGUACCACGAAGGUCCCUCUACUAGGGGCAUUUUCAGACGUUCUGCCAAUGCCAAGACUUGCAAGGAGCUGAAAGAGAAGCUGAACUCUGGAGACGAUGUCCAGGUGGACGGCGAGUCGGUCUUUGUGGCUGCAGCUGUCAUCACGGAUUUUCUCCGAAAUAUACCUGACAGUGUUCUAUCCUCAGACAUGCACGGACUUUGGAUGGAAGCUGUGGACACGGAAAAUCGGGCACAUAAGAUUGAAGCUAUCAAAAGUCUAGUCAACCAGCUUCCGGAGGCCAACCUCAUCUUACUCAGACACCUCUUUGGAGUCCUCCAUCAUAUUGAGCAGAAUUCUGGCGUGAAUCAGAUGAAUGCCUUUAACCUGGCUCUUUGCAUAGCACCCAAUAUGCUGUGGCUGCCAAGUCCCACUGGGCCAGAGGAGGAGAGCAGGUCUACAAAGAAGGUGGCCUUGUUAGUGCAGUUCCUGAUUGAAAACUCAGGAGAGAUUUUUGGAGGUGACAUUGCGUCCUUAUUUCAAAGACCAGACAAAAAGAAGUCCAAAACCUCAGAGGAAUCUCUGGGCAUAGGCUUGGCUCAGCAUGAUGAUUCCUCUGAUGAGCUGGAAUUUUCUCCUUGUGACCCAGAAGGACCAAAGCACAACCUGGUACCUGAAACAGAUGCCAUUUUUGAACCAUCCAGCAGCUUGUUACUUGACGAGGAUCAGGAAGACUGGGACUUAUUCAGCGAGAUCACAGCCUGCUACCAAAGCAAAGCCGGGAAGAACACCAGUGCAGACAGCUACGACCUCCUGGAAGAGGAGGGCUCCUUCUGCUCCAUCGGCUCGAUACGCUCUCUCAGCCCGGCCAGGGACCGGUGCUCAUCAGAGCCCAGCGUCUGCCUCAGCUCCCAGCUUCCCGCCCAGAGCCAUGAGCCGGUGGCCCGCCAGUCCAGCUGCGAUGCCACCAUCAUGCACAGCCAUACGGACUACAUCCACAGGCUCAAGCAGCUGCAGGUGGAGAGCCAGAAGCUGAUUGAUGAAGGCCUCGGCCCCGGGGGUAAUAAGGCCAAGCAGAACUUGUGGCAGUCACCUCAGACCAGCUCCAGGGUGAAGCAGCUCAGCCUUCAGAAAUCCAGCGCGUCCAACAGGUCCAGCUUCUCUAGCCUGUCCUCUACCACCACCUCCCCAUCUGCCUCCUCACUCAGCUCCUUAGACAGUGCUUUCUCCUACUGCUCAGAGUCAUCAGCCAUUAGCCCCACAGAUGUCUCAUCCUUGCCGUUCAUGUUCGGCACCUCUGCCAGGCUUCAUGCUGUGUCCCCCAAUGUUGCCAAGAGGUCCUCGAAGGAGUGGCACAAGUCCUUCACGUCUCCUGUGCCUUUACAUCCUUGUGGCCUGGACAGUUGCCAUGAGCAUGAACCCAAGGCUGCAGAGAGCAGUCAUUGCUUUGGAGAGAAGAAAAGUUUUCCAUCUGCCAGCGGAGCUGCUGUGGAAAGCCCACUGACUGACAUUGACUGGGAAGAAGAGGAGAGACAGCAGAGUUGUGCAGGGGGCCCUGGCCCAGGGCUCAGGAGCCAGGAUUAUACCAAAGAGUUUGAACAGAGCCCUGAGCUCCCAGCUGCCAGCCCAAGUGGCGAGAAAUCCCCACAGAUCGGCCACCAGCAGCACAGGGAGACCGUGGCGAAGAACAUAGAAAUCAAAAGCAUUGAUGCCUGCCCUCCAAGCCAGGAAAGCCUGAAGCGCACCAAGAUAACUUUUUACGUGGCCCCAAAUAACGAAAGCUCUUGGGGGUCUCCGGUGGAGGAGGAAGGGGAGCGCUCCAGGGCAAACACCAGCAGCAGCAGUGAGCAAAGCCUGUGCAAGAGCUUGCAGGCUGUGAGCGUCCAUAUCCCCCAGACAGUGUUCUAUGGGCAGAAUACCCCCCUUGUCCUGCAGUCCAACUCCAGGCGCUACCACCAUGACCCAAUGCUCCCGCCCCUGCAGGCAGAGCACAAAGGGAGCCCCCAAAGUGCCCCUGCUCCCGUGGAGCUGGAGAGCAAGCCAGCGGAAAGGGCGCAGGCACCAACCCCAAGCAAGGGCUUCAACACGUUCAGCCACACCAUCCGCAUCAUCCUCCCUGCUUCCAUUCGAAACACUGUCAGGGACUAUUUCAAGCACGAUGAGACCAAGACCUGUCCCAUGGCUGAGGCGGCAGCGGUGGAGAAUGAACUCCUUCGGAGCAGAGCGGAGUGGCUCAGGAGCCAGCCACGGGCCGAGGUGGCCGCAGAGGAGCGUGAUGCCGUGGCCUUUGCAAAAGAGACGUUUGUCUAGGGCAAUGGAGGUGGAAGAACUGAGUACUUUUUGUGUAUGAUGUGCAGCAGAAAAUAUUCUGUAAGAUAUGACCAGGGUGUGAAGAAUCUAUCAGGCUGCAUGGGGCAGUAAGUGUAA